CGAUGGUCUCCGCUCCUCUUCAGCAUGGAGCUGAGCACUGUGGGAUAAGGGCGGAUUACACCGGGGAGGUUCCGGAUUCCUGACAGCGGCCUGGGAUUGAGUACCGACAAGCAGGAACAGCACCAUUCAACAUUAUUUAAAACUUUACACUAAACAGAGGUCCUGUCUCUUGGCUGUCGUCAGAAUGUCUCAAUCCGGAGAGAAAGGGAAGGUGGGUGAGUUUCCAGAAGCUGCUGGGUAUGUGGGCUUUGCUAACUUGCCCAACCAGGUACACAGAAAAUCAGUCAAGAAAGGCUUCGAGUUCACCUUGAUGGUAGUUGGCGAGUCGGGUCUAGGGAAAUCCACCCUCAUUAACAGCCUGUUCCUGACAGACCUGUACCCAGAGCGCUACAUUCCCGGAGCUGCAGAGAAGAUCGAGCGGACGGUUCAGAUUGAGGCGUCGACGGUGGAGAUUGAGGAGAGGGGAGUGAAGCUGAGGCUCACUGUGGUCGACACGCCAGGCUACGGGGAUGCGAUCAACAGCCAGGACUGCUUCAAAACCAUUAUCCAUUACAUUGAUAACCAGUUUGAGCGCUACCUCCACGAUGAGAGCGGGCUGAACCGAAGACACAUCGUGGACAACCGAGUCCACUGCUGCUUCUACUUCAUCUCCCCCUUCGGACACGGCCUCAAGCCCCUGGAUGUUGAAUUCAUGAAGGCGAUCCACAGUAAGGUGAACAUUGUUCCUGUGAUUGCCAAGGCAGAUACCCUGACCCUGAAAGAAAGGGACCGGCUCAAGAGAAGGAUCCUGGAUGAGAUUGCUCAGCAGGGGAUCCGGAUCUACCAGCUCCCGGACGCAGACUCGGACGAGGAUGAGGAGUUCAAGGAGCAGACCAGAGUCCUGAAGGCCAGCAUCCCCUUCGCUGUGAUUGGAUCGAACCAGCUGAUUGAGGUGAAAGGGAAGAAGAUCAGAGGUCGCCUGUACCCCUGGGGUGUGGUGGAGGUGGAGAACCCCGAGCACAACGACUUCCUCAAACUGCGUACCAUGCUUGUCACACACAUGCAGGACCUGCAGGAGGUGACCCAGGAUCUGCACUACGAGAACUUCCGCUCGGAGCGUCUGAAGAGGCCCGGUCGGUCCACGGGGGCAGUGGAGGAGGAAGGGGUCGACAAGGACAGGAUCCUGAUGCAGAAGGAGGCCGAGCUGCGCAGGAUGCAGGAGAUGAUUUACCAGAUGCAGGCUCAGAUGAGAAUGAAGCCCGCGGACGAGUGAGGAGCCGCCUGGCGCCACGGCCCCCUGCAUGAUCAAACAGGAGGGGCGCCACCUCCAUCAAGCGAUCAGGAAGCACUAUAUUGAGAUGAGAAGGAGACGGAGAGGAGCAGUGAACAGGGCAGCCUCCAGCGUCCAGAGUCCCAGUCCUGCACCGUGUCCCCGACUCAUCCUGCUGUUAGAUAUUAGUGCUGUGCUGGGGAGGGGGUUUCUAGGGUACAUUUAUAUAAUCUCCUAUCAUGUUAAUGCAUUAAGUGCCUACUUCUAUGUUUUUAAACAAUGCAGACCAAUCCAUUGUGUGCCAGCUUUGACUAUAUACAGUAUUUAGCUUUUUUGGGUAGAAAGCAUGUAUGUUCUCUUUCUGUAUCUUGCCUUCACUAUUACUAUGACACUUCCUUAUUCAUUAUUCUAAUAGCAUGUUGGGGUAACAGCGCUACACUCAUUCCACUCAGUAGCGUCACGAUGACUGUUUAAUUUAUCAUUUAAAAUAACUGUUGCUGUUUUAUUAUGCAUGUGAAGUACUGUAGCGUGUAUUCAAACACUUUCAUAAUCUUGUAUUGGAUAGAUAGCCUUGUCAGUAAUGCGUGCGCGCGCACACACGUCAGUACACUACACACGCACACACGUCAGUACACUACACACACACACACACACACACACACUACACACACACACACACAUCAGUACACUACACACACACACACAUCAAUACACCACACACACACACAUCAGUACACUACACACACACACACACAUCAGUACACUACACACAGUGAUUGUCAUUGUAACGAGUGCCUCUAGACUUGUAAUGUCCGUGGUGUUAGGAUGUCAGGAUUCUCUUGGCUCACAGUAAAGACGCAGGCUUGACAAUCAGCUUCUGGUCUGGAGCACAGCUCUGGUGCUGGUAAUCUGGGCACAGGGUUUGCAUGCAGGAGGAGAUCCAGGUGGUUCUCAGGAACACCUGAAAGCUGGACGUGUGUGUGCGUUAACAGGGGCGGCUCUUCUUGUGUGCAUCGUGUGUGACGACCAGGGGCGGCCUCAAAUCCUGCUCUUCAAUUCCUUUUUAAAAGAAUCUCCAAUUCCCUUUUAAUCGAUUCCAACGCCUCGUUGAUCAAAAUUGCAAUCGACACCAUUCUGCUGAAAGGAGCUUCUCACAGUGGCAACACGUGACUUCAGUUGUUCAGUCGCUCUUAGGCAAUUCAAAUUGGCUUCAGAUGAACAAUCGCAACACUUUUUAUGUCUCUAAAAUAUCAAUUCCGAUUCCUUUGAAGGAACUGGAAUUGGGAAUGGGUUUUAAAAAGCAAUUGGAAAUGGAAUUGUCCCUCCUGUACCUUCCUCUCGGACGGUUUGUGUUUUUAACUGGUGUUUAUGUGUGUGUUAGUACUAGUAUUUUAUCUCUGUACUAUCAAACUCUGUGUGUUUUUUGUUUUUUUUUCUGUUUUGUCUCCUUGUUUUAUUUGGUAUUUUUUGGUACUUUGACACUACGGUUUUAAUAAAACAUUGAACAAUAAA